AAAAGCUCCGCCCAUGGAGAGUUUUGAGGUGCUGGUUUCAGUGAAACUCCCGCCUAGCCAAAGCCUCUGCAAUCCCAGCAGCUCGCUAGCGCCAAGCCCCAGGCAUUUACAGGCGCACGCCAGCAGCACGGCAAUAAUGGGGAUACCAAAACUCGUCAGCUCCACGUAGCUUCUGAUUUCCCACAUCACCAUCGGGCAAGGCCACCUCGACAUUUAAAUCGCCCUCCACCGCUGCUGGGAAUGUCGAGUAUAUAAGCCCGCCGAAGCUCCUACCAUCGACGAUCCUCCUCCGAGCAACCCGUUGAAUCGCGACUCCUGUCCUGUCCUGUCCUACCGUUUCACCUACCCAGACACACCAUGGCCAGAUCAAAGAGAGGGGGCAAGUCCCCAAUGAAGAAUGCAAAUGGCCAGCUCAGCGGCUCCGAGGGCCGCCGGUCCAGCUUCAGCGACAAGAGCGAAGAGGGGUCCCCAACAAGAACCAGGGCACAGACUCAAGCCAAGCUGGCGGCUGUACAAGAGAGACCCGCGACUGCCGCCGAGAAGCAGGCCGAGUAUGAAAAGAAAAAGGCCAACUUCUGGACACGAACCUUCUGGACGCUCGUCAUGAUAGGUGGCUUCUUUGGCGCGCUCUUCAUGGGGCACAUCUACAUGAUCGCCAUUGUUACCGCUGUCCAAAUCAUUUCUUUCAAAGAAGUCAUUGCCAUCGCCAAUGUUCCCAGCCGUGCCAGAUCGCUGCGCUCCACCAAGAGCUUGAAUUGGUACUUCCUAGCCUCUACCAUGUAUUUCCUGUAUGGCGAGAGCGUCAUCUACUACUUUAAGCAUAUUGUGCUCGUAGACAAGGUUCUUCUGCCUCUGGCUACUCACCACCGCUUCAUCAGCUUUGUGCUCUACGUCUUUGGUUUCGUCUACUUUGUCGCUUCGCUUCAGGCCGGACACUACAAGUUCCAGUUUACCAACUUUGCUUGGACUCACAUGGCUUUAUAUCUCAUCGUUGUUCAGGCCCACUUUGUCAUGAACAACAUCUUUGAGGGAAUGAUUUGGUUUUUCCUGCCAGCGGCUCUGGUCAUCACCAACGAUAUCUUUGCUUACAUCUGUGGUAUUGCCUUUGGCCGCACACAGCUUAUCAAGCUUUCGCCGAAGAAGACUGUCGAAGGAUUUGUCGGCGCAUGGAUCAUGACCAUUCUCUUCUCCUUUUUGCUCGUCAACAUUUUGAUGCGCUCCAAGUACUUUAUCUGCCCUGUCAACGACCUUGGCGCCAAUGUCUUCACUGGACUCAAGUGCGACGUAAACCCCGUCUUCCUCCCACGCACCUACGAGCUCCCGCAGUUCUUCUUCCUCCCCCCGGGCACCAACUUCUCUCUCACGUUUGCGCCGAUGCAGCUGCACGCCCUGGCCCUGGCCACCUUUGCGUCUCUCAUCGCUCCUUUCGGCGGUUUCUUCGCUUCUGGUCUCAAGCGCACCUUCAAGAUUAAGGACUUUGGCGACUCUAUCCCAGGACACGGCGGCAUGACGGACCGUAUGGACUGCCAGUUCAUCAUGGGCUUCUUCGCCUACAUGUACUUCCACACCUUCAUCGAGGUCCACAAAGUCACCCUUGGCAGCGUCCUGGAGACGGCCAUUACCAGCCUCAACCCCGAGGAGCAAGUCGAGCUAGUCAAGAGCAUGUGUCGAUAUCUGAGCAACCAGGGCAUUAUGCCCGAAGCGCUUCAAGCCUGCCUCGAGAAAGCCACGUCUUCUUAAUGAUCACUUAAACCGGAAUUAUUUUCUCAUGUAACCCUAACCCCCUCCAGCUACACCUUUCGUAAUGACCAGGCAACUCUCGUUGCUAUUUUUUCAUCUCACUCGUGGACCAACAUGGGACGGCAGAAUGAAGUUUGUGUGGAUCGAUAGUCCGGGGAGAAGGGGUGUGACAGGUGUUGAAUAAAAGGAGGAAAGAAUAAUGGAUGUUGAGUGGGGGGAAAAGCAUGCUAUGUCGUGUUUUAAAUUGCGGGGAGGGAUCGUGAUGUAAACGGUCUUUCUUUUCUUCUUAUUUACAUGUAUUUUGUCAUUGUAGUUAAUCAUCCAUCUCCAGAGCAUACAUAGGUAAUGCGGGAAGAAAAUUGGAAGCGGGUAGGGACAGGUCUCAUCGGAGAGGCCAUUCUUAUAGCUGACUAGAAUUUACGAAUAACAUUCACCUCAACAUCCUCUCAG